CUAGGAGCCUGAAGCUCUCUCCUCUGCUCCGAGGUCCGACUUCAGAAUGAGGGUCUGGGUCUUCUUCGUCUUGUGCCUGGUUGGCAAAGCUCUAGCUGCCCCUCAACAGGAUGCUUUACCAGAAGAGGAAGAGGUGAUAGAAGAUGUUCCAACAGAGGAGACAGUGGGUGCUAAUCCUGUGCAGGUUGAAGUCGGGGAGUUUGACGACGCAGUCAAUGAGGAGGAGGAGGAAGAGCCAUCUGAGAAUCCAUGCCUGAACCACCACUGCAAACAUGGCAAAGUUUGUGAAGUAGAUGAAAGCAACACCCCAAUGUGUGUGUGCCAAGACCCAUCUACCUGCCCCAGUAGUUUAGCCGAGUUUGAGAAGGUCUGUGGCACAGAUAACAAGACCUAUGAAUCUUCCUGCCACUUCUUUGCAACCAAAUGCACCCUGGAAGGGACCAAGAAGGGCCAUAAACUGCAUCUUGAUUAUAUUGGACCAUGCAAAUACAUUGCUCCCUGUUUGGACAACGAGCUGAGCGAAUUUCCCCUGCGUAUGCGUGACUGGCUCAAGAAUGUCCUGGUCAGUCUGUAUGAAAGAGAUGAGAACAACAAUUUACUGAAUGAAAAGCAGAAACUGAGGGUGAAGAAGAUCCAUGAGAAUGAGAAGCGCUUGGAAGCUGGAGACCACUCUAUGGAACUGCUGGCACGUGACUUUGAGAAGAACUACAACAUGUACAUUUUCCCUGUACACUGGCAAUUUGGCCAGCUGGACCAACACCCCAUCGAUGGGUACCUUUCCCACACUGAGCUGUCUCCCCUUCGCGCCCCGUUGAUCCCCAUGGAACACUGCACCACACGCUUUUUUGAUGAGUGCGACACUGACAACGAUAAAUACAUUGCCUUAGAAGAAUGGGCCAAGUGCUUUGGAAUCAAAGAACAGGACGUGGAUAAGGAUAUGAUUGUCUAAGCAACACCGAUGACUCCUGUCUGUGCAUCUUUUAUUUGUGUUGUAUUUUAUUUUGUAUCUCCUCUUUUCACCCUUUAGUUUGGAAUAUUUGUCUACUGGGGUUGGGCAGCAAAGGUGCUAACUUAGAAAACAUUAUUAACGGUGCUAAAUCGAACAAGUAAUAAAACUCAAUAGCAAGCGGAGGAGAUCAAAGCGUCGUCACCACUAGCUCUGAAUUCCAGUGUCUGGCCAGUUAUGCUUCUCUUUUCCUUUCAUAGACUGUCCAACUCCUAAUGCCAUCUUCAUCCUAAGUCUUAACCUAUUGUUAUAUCUUCCUGAAAACACAGUGUUAAAGCAGGACUUUAACCCCUUCAUCUGCUGGAGCAGCCCUCUAGCAAUUAAGGGGUUAACCCCUGACUGGAUGCAGGGGGUAGGAGGUUGGGGGUUUUGUAACAAGGAAAGGGUGGGUAUGGGCUUAGUUUUUAAGGGGGGUGGUGGUUUAGCCUGACCCCUCUUAUAAAGCAUUUCUGCCAGAAUGUCUCUAUAUUUUAUUUAGACGAUUCGGCUUACUUUUAUUGACAUCACUGCACGCCAUUCAACUCAGAGAAUAAACAAUGAAAAAUGCUCCUUUUGUUAUGUCCCUGCGCUUAUGCCCUGUGUUACACGCUUGCCAGUGUCAACAUGUAGAGAAAUAAAAUAUUUCAUAGGUGCUUCUUUAACAAAAAGGAAUCACCUUGUACCUGUAAAAUGA